AUGACGCCUCUGUUGCCUCACUCAGUGCUGCCUCCACUAUCCCUAGCAAGGGGGCCAUUGUCAAACACAUCUCCAUUUCAAGCCAAUAGCAUCAUCAGUAGUAGUAGUAGUAGUGGUAAUGGCAAUGUCAAUGGCUAUCGGUUGCAUAGACAGCCAUCCCUCCCAAACAACUUGGGAAUGGCCAAUCCCAUCAAUCUCAAGAGCAGCAAUGGUAUAGCCAACAGCAACAGCAGUAGUAGCAAUGAUCUGCUGUACUACAGGGGCGCCAAGCAACAACCCAUCACCACCAAUGGACAUGGCCGACCACUCAACAACAACAACAACAAGCUUUCAUCAUCACAUCCAGCCUUCAACAACAACAAUGUUGCUGCGGCCUUUGCAACCAAUCACAGCUUUGACAAUCACCAUCAUCACAACAACAACAACAACCAGAUCAACAACAACAACAGCAAGAGUCGCAAUAGGAACCGAGUGGGAUGCAAGAAUGUGGCAUUCGGCAUGCUGUCAAAGGAUAAGAUCAACCUGUUGCUCAAGAUCAUGAAGGAGAAGAACCAGAUAUCAUCCAUCGACCAGACCAUCACGAUUGUCCUGUCGAUCGAGGAGAUACUGGCGCUGAUACUGGACGAGCUGCACAACCGCGAUGUCUAUCUGUCUAAGUACGGCAUCAGACUGGUAGGCAGCACCGCGUCGAUGAUCAUCGCCAAUCAGAAGGACAAGGACAAGCAGCUGAGUGAGUCGAUGUUCAACGACAUCGACCUCAGCUUCUACAUCUACAGCAUGACCAACUUCAUGACGCUGCUGGAUGUCGAGGAGACAGUGAUCGUACGCGAGGUCUACCGCCAGACGGGCAAGACCAUCGGCAAGAAGGAGGUGUUUGACACAUUCUUCCGCGAGCGCGUCAAGGUCACCAAUAGGGACGAGGCCGACCGGUAUACGGGCGACGACUGGUCGCUCAUCACCAUUGGCCACGAGAAUGCACGUCACAUUGACAUCAAGUUUGUCAAGAGGAUCGAGCGCCCUUAUGCAUUCUCAAUCGACUCAUUUCACAUCAUUCUGGAUCCCCUGGUAGAGAACUACAAGCAGCUUCUGCCAGGCAACAACAACGCAGAUGGCUUCAUUGAGCACACGUUCAUGUCUGGCAAAGAGGAGACGGCGUCAACGUCGUCGGUCAGCGCCAGCAAUAGCAACAACAACUCCCUAUCGUCGUCGCCGUCGCAGUCGCAGGUGUUCUCUGCAUCUCCAUCACCAUCCUUUUUUUACGACUCACCAAGCUUCACCUCGUCCGUUGAUAUGAACGAACCAAUCACUACGCCAUCGUCGUCAUCCUCUUCACUGGCCUCGUCCACCUCCUCCACCGCAUCGUCCUCGUCGUCGACUGCAUCCGUGGUGUCACACCCCGGCAGCAGCACAUUGGUGUCACAGUUCUCCUCGUCAUCACUGGCAGGACCAUCAUCUGGCACCUCAUCAUCAAACUCCUCGCCACUGUCCUUCUCCAACGCCUCACUUCCAACUAUUUUUUCCUUCUCACCCAACCUCUUGAAUGGAGAUCAAUCAUCGCAGGAUGAAGAGUAUCCACCCAUCCUAUCACUCAGCCAACACCUUCCACCACCUUUAUCACUACCCUCCGCGCCAAACUCAUCAUCCAUUUCCAACGCCAACAUCAGCAACAGCAGUAGUAAUCAAACUACUCCAUCCAAACCAAAGCGGCCAACGCCCAUCAGGUCGCCAAAGGUGGACAGCGAUUUCCCACCACUGUCAUCCCCUUCACCAGCACCAUCGCCAAGAUCAAACGCUCAGAAGCCACUGGAGAAGAAUGCUUGGGAUCAAAGCAGGUUGCUGGACAAGCUGAACCCAUUGCCAACACCAUCAACAGGCAAGAGACAAAAGAGUAAAGCGAACAACAACAAUAAUCAAAAGAAUAGCAACAACAACACAUCCACGACAACCACACCCAACUCCACAUCCACUUCAACCUCAACUACAUCUACAACCCCAACUUCCACAUCAUCAACAACCACUCCAGCUCAUCCAUCACCUCUACCAAGUCCUACAGCGAACAAAGCAGUGGCAGCAGCCAGCAAACCUCUAUGUGUACAGGUGUUUAGCAUCUUUGGAAACUACCACAAGGCCAAACUGGACCUCGACAACAACCAGUUGGUUACCACCGAUCCAAGGAGCAUCAGACGAGGCAUCUUCCGCUACUGCUCCGAGCUGGCCAAGGGCAGGGUAGCCAGCGAUCCUUCCCAGUUCAACGAGAUCUUUAGGGAGACGUUCUUCACACACGACAAGAUGAAGCCUCUGGAGUUUGAAAAGACUUUGAUCAAGUACGUCAAGAAGCAUCGCAAUGAGGCCGUCAGCUUCCUGAAACAUCUCGAGUCCAUCCUGAUACAGCCAUUCACACCGACACCUGCUCCAACGCCAACGCCCACACCUCCUGCCUCGGCUGGCACCUCCACCAACAGCACUCCACUGUGUUCGCCCAUCUUCACUUCGACGCCCAACCCACAAGAGUUGGAGUCAUUGUUGUUGGCCGAGGGCUCAGUCAACAACGAGACCACCUACGACGUGUACUACUUUGACUAUCUCAACAUCAUUGCCAGCAUUCGCUCCUAUCUGAAACACAAUAAGUUCCAUCUGCUAUGCGAGAAGAUCGUGCUCGAUAUCAGGGACCGCAGUGUCUCGCCCACCCAGUUUGCAGCCGCCCCAGCAAACCCAUGA